AUGGCGAAGAAGAUUCUGAAACACUCGCGGGCGGCGCGCCGGGGGCUUAUUGACGAUGGGGUGGCGCUGGACUUGGCCAAGCUCCCGAAGGCGGAGCCGGAGGCGGUGAGAAAGAGCAUCAUCCGUACCACCAUCACCAACGAGAACCUUUUGGUGAAGAAGAUGGAGUUGUCCAAGAUCAAGAAGCUCCAGCCGAAACGCCACACCCGCCAGGUGAAACGCCAGGUUGCCGUCGACAAGCUGGGGGUGUUGCUGGCGAAGAUCGCCCAGUCGGUGGCGCGGGCCCGGAUGGUGCAAGCGGCGCGUAAGGCAGGGUGGGACCAGAUCAACAAGGCGGCCAGAGCCAGUGUCGACCUCGACCAGCUGCUGGUGGCGAAACCGGCGGUGCCACUGGCGGCGAAACUGGUGUCGGGUGACUUUAUGGACGAAGACAUCCACGACGACGCCGCCGCGAGCCCCGCUGACGACGAGCCCGCCGUCACCUUCGCCAAAGCCGCCAACCCGUUUGCGUCGCUUGAACAAGACGAAGAAGCUUAA